GGUGGGACUAAAGUAAAGCUUUCGAUACAGAGAAACAUUGGGGAAGACGAAUGUCUCUGAACGACUUUGUUCUCUAUUAAUAGACAGGGAGGCAUUUUGUGCUUGUUCAUGCUGUACCGUAUGUGUCCUAGAUGUCCGACAUCCGUGUGUUAAAGCACACGAGUGUAGAGUAAAGGGGUGAGGGAAGAAAUUUCGGGGAGAAAGCGUCGUUUGGGUCAAGAUGUCGAUUCAAUACGAAACACUAGCAGAUAGCUACGGGGUGGCCGACUCGUUCCCCAAAGACUUCGGCUAUGGAGAAGAGGAGGCAGACAUGGAGGACAGUCCAGCAGCCUCUGACAGCAAGCCGAGGAUAUUACUGAUGGGCUUACGGAGAAGCGGGAAGUCCUCCAUUCAGAAGGUCGUGUUUCAUAAGAUGUCCCCCAAUGAGACCCUGUUUUUGGAGAGCACAAAUAAAAUCUACAAAGAUGACCUCUCCAGCAGCUCUUUUGUCAACUUUCAGAUCUGGGACUUUCCUGGUCAAGUAGACUUUUUUGACCCAACCUUUGAUUAUGAGAUGAUCUUCAGAGGAACCGGCGCAUUGAUCUUUGUCAUUGAUGCACAGGAUGACUACGUGGAGGCUCUUGGCAGACUCCAUUUAACAGUAUCUCGGGCCUAUCGCGUCAACCCUGAAAUCAACUUUGAAGUGUUCAUCCAUAAAGUUGACGGCCUAUCUGACGACCACAAAAUUGAGACACAGAGGGAUAUUCACCAGAGGGCUAAUGAUGACCUGGCUGAUGCCAGCUUGGAGAAACUGCAUCUUAGCUUCUAUUUGACCAGUAUCUAUGACCACUCUAUAUUUGAGGCGUUCAGUAAAGUAGUGCAGAAGCUCAUUCCCCAGCUGCCCACAUUGGAGAACCUUCUCAACAUUUUUAUUUCGAAUUCAGGGAUUGAAAAGGCUUUCCUGUUUGAUGUGGUUAGUAAGAUCUACAUAGCCACAGACAGUUCACCGGUGGACAUGCAGUCCUACGAGCUGUGCUGUGACAUGAUCGAUGUGGUCAUUGACGUGUCCUGUAUCUAUGGGUUAAAGGAAGAUGGCAGUGGCAGUGCGUAUGACAAGGAGUCAAUGGCGAUCAUUAAACUCAAUAACACCACUGUCCUUUACCUGAAAGAAGUUACCAAGUUUCUUGCCCUUGUCUGUAUUCUUAGAGAAGAGAGCUUUGAGCGCAAAGGCUUAAUUGACUACAAUUUCCACUGUUUCCGGAAAGCGAUUCAUGAAGUGUUUGAAGUUGGUCUGUCAACACCGCGGAUGGGAGCCCAGGCAGCUGGAACGCCCUGCUUGAUGAAGACAGUGGCACUGAAUGGCACCCCCAGGAGCACCGUGUAGUGAAUGCGUAGAUAAGAGGAGGAAAAGAAUAGCGGAAGAGGGAGUCAGUAGAAAAAGACAGAAAGACAAUAAAUGGGAGGCACACUGCCAUGCCAACCAUUCUGCCUGCUCCCAAAUGCCUUAUACACAGAGCAAAGACUCUACAGCCUCUGAAAUAAAACACAGAGCAAUGGGCUGGAUGUUUUCAUCAUAAUAAGGUAAGCAAUAGGACAGAAGGGAAGAUGCACAAAGAGAAAGCUUUUUGUGUUAUUAAAUGGCAUUAACAAACUGGUCUAAAAGAAUAAGAUUAGGCCACGAUCAAAUGACAAGAAAUGCAAGCCGAGGCGAAAACAGUGUGGCCCUCUCUGCACACAAAGCCUUCACACACUGAUCGCUACCUGAGAAACAAGCUGAAUGAACCCUGUACUGUUUUACUCCUGGCCUCAUGAGCUGAUUUUACAAAGCAUCCGGUUUAAUCCGAUUGCAGAAAUUGUGACGGUACUUGCUAAUGGCCACCGAUUGGAGAGCGCAAGCUGGCGAUGUGUACACGAUAAUGCUUGUGAAGCCUUAUAUGAAGGAGACUUGCCUGAUGCAAGUACCUGCUUACAACAUUUACCUAAUCCUAUGUCCUAAGCUGUUGCUUUUUUAAAGGUUUUCCAGGGAGUGUGAAAAGGGAUUAAACUGCAUUGUGUAGCCUGUUUGUGUGUGAAGAAGGAGGUGCACACAUGUGUAUGUGUAUUUAUGUAUGUGUGUUCCUUUCCUGCCUGUUGAGGCUCACAGAAAUGUUGUGACCUCACACACGGGGCUGCACAGUUGUAACAAAACAAUAAUUGUAUUUUUUAAAAUUAUAAUUAAUUGAAAUAAACAGUUAUUAUUGUCUCCAGAGAAACCCUGAUGCUUUGUCAGAGAGCAUUCACACAGCACUCAUUAAAUGCAUAGUGCUGUUCAGAUAUAAGUAUAUAAUAGUCAGCUGCAUUAUAAUCGAAAUGGAAUCACUGUCUUUUGUGUUGAAAUGACUUGAGUCCAAAACUGUUAUUUUUGCUAUAAAGCGGUUGAGCUGUGCAGCCCUCAUCUCUCACUCUGAAUGUUACAAUACAGGGAAAUAAUUGUACAGUUAAGCAUAGGACACUGUGAUUGCACUCACUUUUGUUUAGUUGCUUGGUCUCAGAGACUCUGCAGGUCUCUGCACACGGGGUUUGAGUCUGAACGAACCUUUGAAUGAGCUACAUUCCGGUUUGUGUGUCUCCAGUACCUUCUAUCACUGACAAAUUCACUUUUACACUCUACACAGAAUUACCAGUAUUUUAUUUGGCAUAAAAGUAAAUCACAUGACUCCACAUUGUAGCCUGGUUUAUAUCACACUCAUUCCAAGCAUGUCUACUGAAUCCAUAUAACAUGUUUUUUGUUGAGUUUUAAUGGGAUGCACACUAACCGUAUAUAAACAAAUUCAAAGAAGGAAUUUCUCUAGACCUCUUGUGAUUCUUGCUUUUCAGACUGCAUUUAAAUUAUCAGAUUAUUAUCAUCUGGUUUAUGUUCUAGAAAUGUUACCAUUCACAAGAAAUAAAACAUGCACUGAAAUCA